GCAGGUGCGAGUGUGAUUAUUGAUACAACCUAUCCAAAACUCAAAAAAAUGUCGUGAUUCUCAAAUUCUUUCUAUGAAAACUCAAAAACCCGUGUUUAAAUGAAUCGACAAUAAAAUAUAUAAAAUUCGUAGUGAAAAAAAUGGAUUUGUAGGUUUUUUCAAUUUCAUUUCAAUUUAAGAGCUCGCAAGCCUCACGUCAACAAUGCCAAAGCUCUGGUCAUACUUCGCCCUCCUCCUCUGGAUAUCUUACCUGAUGACCGCAGGUCUCUUCCUCUUCAUCGACGGUUUCUUCCUGACUCGAGUCUCCCGUCCAGAAACAGCCAACUGCACAUUAUGUCGAGGAGACUCGUGUUCCCCAGAGUCCCUCCUGAAAAACACAUCAUCCCCAGAGAUUUGUCUGGAACCCAGAGGUCGAGUGGUUGUGCUGGUGAUUGAUGCCUUAAAAUACGACUUCCUGGAGUGGACAGAGGAUCCACCAGAUAUCAACUUCCACCGGAAUAAAAUUCCAAUAGUCCACCAGCUGUUGACAGAGCAGCCACAUAAUGCGAGAUUAUUCAAGAGCAUUGCAGAUCCACCAACGACGACAAUGCAGAGGAUAAAAGCCCUGACCACAGGAACACUCCCCACGUUCAUCGACAUCAGCUCGAACUUCGCAACUGGCGAGAUCGAUGAGGACAAUGUCAUCGAUCAGAACAGAAAUAAUGGUGUUGUCUUCAUGGGUGAUGACACGUGGACAGGACUUUUUCCAUCUAAAUUCCUGAGGCAAUUUCCAUCCCCUUCAUUCAACGUUCUCGAUCUAGACACUGUGGAUCGAGACGUGAGAAAUCGAAUUUUUUUUGAGCUCCAGAGGAAAGACUGGGCUCUGCUGGUUGCCCAUACCCUGGGGGUCGAUCACUGCGGCCACAAACACGGCCAGAAUCAUCCUGAGAUGAUCCGAAAGCUCAACGAAACGAAUGAACUGAUCAAUGAGAUCAUUCAAGUUCUCGAUGAGCACACGAUUCUUUUUGUCAUUGGGGAUCACGGGAUGACGGAGUCCGGGGAUCAUGGAGGAGAUUCCCCAAGUGAAGUGGAGGCUGCGAUGUUUGUUUAUUCGAAACAACCACUGCAGGAGUUUAUCUUCCUGGAGCCCUUGAGGAUUGUCAACCAGAUCGACAUUGUGCCGACAUUUUCUGCUAUUCUAGGGACACCCAUACCAUUUUCCAAUAUUGGGACUGUUAUCGUCGAUGCUCUGCCAAAAUUCAGGAAUGGGACUGAUGAUGAAGAACACCCCUGGUACACGGUGCAUGCCGUUUGGAGAAAUGUUAUGCAGACUAAGAGAUACAUCGAGGCCUAUUCCUCUGACACAUUUCUCUUCACCGAGGAGAAGUUAGAAACCCUGGAGAAGCUGUACGAAAACGUCCAUGAUCACCUGAAAAAUAUCACCGUCGAAAAAGAUUUGAAUUCUUUUCUAAAAGCCUCUAGUGACUAUUUCAAAUACCUCCGGGACUCCUGCAUCGAGAUCUGGGUGCAGUUCGACGCAAAUCUAAUGUCCCAGGGUCUUCUCCUCGUGUUUUGCGUUCUCUUCUUCAUGUACCUGAUCCUAUCUGGAAUCCCCGAGGUGCAAAUGCUCAAAAUCCUGGACUCAUCUUUCCUCAGGAUCUCUCUAGCUGGGAAUAUUGCAUCAGCCGCUGUUAUUUACACCCUCUACUCCUUGAAUAUCCUCGAAGACUUCAAGAACACGAAUUUCUUCGUCUCCGGUGUGAUCUCCCUAUCUUUUCUAGUCAUCCUGGUAAUCCAGAAUUGGGACAUUAUCUCAUACACAUGGUACACCAAUCCCAAGCCCACGAAAUCCGAUUAUCUCCUCAGGGUGAUCCCGAGUCUGGCGAUCGGUGGAUUAUUCUCCAACAGCUACGUCGUCCACGAGGACAAGGUCCUCUCAUUCCUCUUGAUUACUCUCGUCUGGGUGCUGGUCUACACGAUCAAUGACGAGCCUGAAAAUUUUUACAGGAAAUCCAAAAAGUCGUCGAAGCUUUAUCACCAGAGAAUCAUCUUCAUCACGAUGGGUUUCUUCAUCUGCAUGGCAAUCCGUAUGUCCAGCUACUUCUGGCGAUGCAGGGAGGAGCAGCUCGGUAACUCCUGCACAACCACGAUCCUCGGAAAAGUCGGCUCCAUGACUUCCAAUAACUUCGAGAGAAUUCUUCUCAUUUUUACACUCAUUGGAUUGGCCUUGUACAUCACAAUCAUGAGAAUGUGGCUGACAAACUGUGGAAAUUUAUCUGGAUUCUCACUGAGUACAAUUCUAGCCAGAUACUGUCAUCCCCUCAUGGUGGUCUGCAUGGGUAGCUACUGGGUCCUCCAGACACUGCCCAAGGAUCCCAGAGUCAAAUUCGUCUUCGCCUGGCAGAUAAAUGCAUUUGCACUCGUUGUUUACUGGUGCGCCAUUCUGGCUGUUGUUGUGAUAUUCAUCAAACCACUCCAAGUGUUUCUUCUCCCAAGGAAUCAGGAAACCCUGAAUGUCUACCAGGGUGAGAAUAUCGUGCCCAAAUUAUUUGACAAAGUCAAGGAAUUGUUCUACACAAGGAAACGAGAGGGAGAUGAUGAUAUUCCCAUCGUUUAUGGACUUGGCACUGUUUACAGUGCUGCAUUCAUAUCGUUGGGAAUUGUUGGGAGUUUAAUUUAUGCAUUACUGCUUGGAAACGUUCUAGCUCCAACUGUCUUGCUGCUGGUUGUUACAGUUACUGUUAUCCUGGGAAUUGUCGCUGUCGAGAGAUACAGAAAUGCUAAUGACAUUUAUGAACUCAUGCAAGUAUCCAAUACUGCUGUUUUAUCCUGGUUUCUCAUUGCUGAGUAUUUUUUUUAUGGAACUGGACAUCAACCAACCUUUCCCACUAUUUAUUGGGACGCUGCAUUUGUUGGAACUGAGGGGCAUUAUUACGGAAAUAUUAUUCCAGCUAUUUUGAUUGGAAUAAAUACUUUUGGCUCGCAUUUACUCAUGGGGAUCACUCUCCCUCUCCUCGUCAUCUCACCAUUCACAAUUCACGCGAUGAUUCCUAAAUUAGCAAGAAUGAAAUUCCAAGGUGAUGCGGACAUGAAGAGGGGAGAGCUCAUUUUAUUUGAUAAAGACAAUGCAUUCCAUACAGCUGUUUUUAAUACAUCAGCGAGAUAUAUUCUUCUUCAUGGAUUCAGAGUUUUCGUUUGUAUGUUCGCUGCGACAAUUCAAUGUCGUCACCUCAUGGUCUGGAAGAUAUUUGCACCGAAAUUAAUUUUCGAGGGAUUGAGUUUUCUCGUUACCCUCGGUAGUACUCUCGCCUCAUUUUUUCUAGUGAUAAGAAUUGAUAAUCAAGUGGAGAAAUUAAUAACUAGGGUAACCAAGGCCAGAUGAUAAAUUCAUGGAUAAUAAUCCACGACCAUUAGACGUUUAAAUGCGAACCAAUAAAUUUAGAUGAAUGAAAAUAUUGUGAUGCCUCGGGCGACUUAUCAGUCCCAUUUAAACGGGACUCCAAUUAUCCCAGUUGUAUUCUAAUUAACGACAGAUGAUUCAUACUGUUUACAGUAUUUUAUUGUCAAUUUUUUACUACUAUUGUACUCAAAUCUCUUUUUAAAUAAAGAUAAAACUUGUAAUGCGACGACCAAUAAUUAAUUAUCUGUCACUCUUCCAAUCACUGCACUUCAAUUACUGGCUGUCAAUUGAUAAUUGACAUCAUCCAAAUCACUUGUCACUAAUUAAAAUUGCCAAUGCAAGGGGAAAAUAUAUUAUACCCCGAGUUAUUUAAAUCACUUCACUAGACUUGAAAAUUUUUCACAUUUAGCAUUAACACUUGGAAAAGGAAAAAUUUUUCGACACAUCCCGCGUGAUGAUGAAAUUGUUGAGU